AUGGUGGAGCAGUGGCAGCGGCUGGGGGCAGGGUCACCACCCAGCUCCCAGGAGCUGAAGGAGCCUGGCAAGGGGGCCCAGCCCCGACUGAUCAUCCUGCAGGCGGGAUGGUGGAGUAGCCUGGUGGUGACAACGGAGGGCCUCAACUCUACGGAACCAGCCCCGACGACUCCCCGACCUGCCUUGUCUGCUAGGCCCCCGGAUACCCCCAGUGUCCCCGGACCCUCGUCCGGUCCCAGGCCCACCCCAGUCACGGACGUUGCUGCUUUGUGUGUCUGUGACCUGUCCCCAGCACAGUGUGACGUCAACUGCUGUUGUGAUCCUGAUUGCAGCUCUGUGGAUUUUAGUGUCUUUUCUGAUUGCUCAGUUCCAGUUGUCAUGUAUGGGGUUCUUCUGCAGACUUCAGAUUCAUUUUUGAGAUUUCCUUCCCCCCUUACGUCAUCUCUGUGCACUGAUAAUAACCCUGCAGCAUUUCUGAUGAAUCAAGCUGUUAAGUGCACCAGAAGUAUAAACUUGGAACAGUGCGAAGAAAUGGAAGCUCUGAGCAUGGCUCAUUACAGCAGCCCUAACAUUUUGAGGGUACCUAAUUCAAAAACAAAGGUCCCUAUCACUGUCCAGUCCAUCGUCAUUCAAUCUCUAAAUAAAACGCUCACUCGGCUGGCAGACACACACGUAUUGGAGCCGGUUCUUGUCGAAGAGGCUGGGGCUGUUAAAGUCUGCACCAAGGUCGUUCUAGAGGUAAAGUACAGUCUCACAUACACAGAAGCAGGUGAAGUAACAAAAGCCGAUCUCUCUCUCCUCCUGGGAACAGUGAGCGACGCAGAGCUUCCACUCCAGCAAAAGUUUGAAAUUUAUUUUAUUCAGCAAAAUACAAAGCCAGUUCCUCUCAGUGGAAACCCGGGUUAUGUUGCGGGCCUCCCGCUGGCUGCUGGAUUUCAGCCUCACAAAGGGUCUGGGAUUAUUCAGACCAUGAAUAGAUAUGGACAACUUACUAUUCUUCGUAGCACAGCUGAGCAAGACUGCCUGGCAGUAGAGGGGAUUCGGACCCCAGUAUUAUUUGGUUACAAUAUGCAAUCUGGCUGUAAACUAAGACUGACCAGCACUAUCACGUGUCCACUUGUCGUGGAGAAGGUGAAGAGCCUGCUGAAGGGUCAGGGCUUCCCAGAUUAUGUGGCCUCUUUUGGAAAUUCUCAGGCCCAGGAUGUGCUGGACUGGGUGCCUGUCCACUUCAUCACCCAGGCACCCCACACGAAGGAUGUCUGCCAGCUCCCGCUGGCUUUGGUUAUAGAAGUGAAGUGGACGAAGUACGGAUCCUUACUGAACCCACAGGCUAAAAUAGUCAACGUAACUGCAAAUCUAAUUUCAUCCUCAUAUCCUAAGACCAACUCAGGAAAAGAAAGGACGGUUCUUAUUUCCACCGCGGUUACUUUCGUGGAUGUGUCUGCUCCUGCAGUGGCAGGCUUCAGAGCUCGGCCAACCAUCAAUGCCAAGCUGCCCUUCAAUUUCUUCUUCCCAUUUGUUUGACAGCGCUCAUAUGAAAGAAUGCCGCAGUAUUCACGUAGAACGUGAAAACUGCAUUUGGUGAGAUUAAAUGUUAUAUACAACUAG